CCCAGAUCCAACAACGGGUUUGGAGGAAGCUAAUUGAAAGGAAAACGUUCGUCAGGAACAGGUUUUUAUUGCUGAGAGGCUCACCAUGUCUGCAUGGAAUGGGUCAAGCGCUCGUUUCGACCGUGUCCGAGAGGGGGGUCCCCACUACGACCAGGUCCCCAUCGGUUCCCUGGCCCGGGACGCAGAGCUGGCCCUGAGCGCAGACCCCCUCCCGCCCCCUCCCCUUCCCAUGAUGGCUCCGGUGGGUUCCGAGUUCUACCCCCCCAGUGACACGGAGGACAACGACAACCAGCACGACGACGCCAUGGACAUCAAACCCGUCCACCGCUUCAUCCCAGACUCCGUCAAGAACUUCUUCAGAGGCAGCAAGCGCUGGUCGUCCCGCUCCACCGCAGCGGCAGAUGACAAGAACCGCACCUCCGACGGGGUGCGCUGCUCCCCUCCCCCGUCUCCCGGCAUCCCGGGGUCCUACAUCGACCCCUUUGGCGGAUCAGGGGGCAGCUACACCUCCCAAAAGGAACGUGAAGCCAUGUUGCUCGAGGGCCUCCCCCCCGAGUCGGUGUCCGGGGUGUCCGGACGGACGGCCAUGACCUACAGCGAGCGCAUCGAGGAGUACAACCAGCGCUACGCCUACAUGAAGUCCUGGGCCGGCCUGCUGCGCAUCCUGGGCUGCGUGGAGCUGCUGCUGGGCGCCGCCGUCUUCGCCUGCGUCUGCGCCUACGUGCACAAGGACAACGAGUGGUUCAACAUGUUCGGCUACUCGCAGCCCGGCAUGGGCAUCGGCGGCAUGGGGGGUGGUGCGAUGGGGGGCAUGUACGGCGGUAGCAGCGAACAGUACACGGGCCCCAAGACCCCCUUCGUGCUGGUGGUGGCCGGGCUGGCCUGGGUGGUGACGGUCAUCCUGCUGGUGCUGGGCAUGACCAUGUACUACCGCACCAUCCUCUUAGACUCCAGCUGGUGGCCCAUCACCGAGGGGGUGCUCAACUUCUGCCUGGCCAUGCUGUACAUGGCAGGGGGCAUCAUGUACGUGCGGGACACCACGCGCGGCGGCCUCUGCAACUACCACGUCUUCAACAACGGCCCCAACGCGGCCUUCUGCCGCACGGAGGCGGGCCAGACGGCGGCUAUCAUCUUCCUGUUCGUCAACAUGGUGGUGUAUCUGCUGGGGGCGGCCGUGUGCCUGAAGUUGUGGAGGCACGAGGCGUCCAGGAUGAGGCGGGAGGCCCUCGCGCAAGAGAUGAAGACUACAGCAUCAGUGCCAUUUGGCCUGACAGGGCCUGGCUCCAGUGUGUCUGAGCCUGUGCGGCAGGCUAUGCUGAAUGUGGAGCUAGAUGACCGAGCCUUCUCCCCGGCGCCCACCAUCGAGCCGGAGAUCAUACGCGGCCACAUCCCCGCCGGACACAUCCCCAAACCAGUCAUCAUCGCAGAUUAUGUGGCUAAGUAUCCAUCCAUCUAUUCUGAUGAGGAGCGGGACCAGUAUAAGGCGGUGUUCAAUGACCAGUACGCUGAGUACAAGGAGCUGCAUGCGGAGGUGGAGGUCGUCAUCAAGAAGUUUGAGGAAAUGGACAACAUGAUGCACAAUCUCCGGCCCUCCAGUCAAAUGGAGCAGGAGCGCAUCAAUGUUGUGAUCCAGGAGUACCAGAGGAAGAAGAUGGAUCCCACAUUUGUGGAGAAGAAGGAGAGGUGUGAAUAUCUGAAGAGCAAGCUGGCUCACAUCAAGCAGAAGAUUUACGAGUAUGAACACCCACCAUACGGUGUCAUCCUUGGGGAUAGAGGGCAAGUGUUGUUGUUCCUCAGACUACGAAAAGUACUUGGUGGUGGUGAAGGUUAUAGCCUACUUGACAAGACAAACAGACCUAAAGAAGUCCCCACAAUGCCGUCAAACAAGCACAGUAGCUCUCCAUAUGGACACAGACAUCAUGGCAGCCGGAACAAGUCACAGCACACAUUCUCCGGCUACUACCCAGACGAAAAGCUUCUGCACUUCUACAAAUGGACCUCUCCACCAGGGGUGAUGAAGAUCAUGUCCAUCAUCAUCAUCGUUAUGUGUGUGGCCGUGUUUGCCUGCGUGGCCUCCACCCUGGCGUGGGACUAUGACAUGUCAGCCAUGGGACUUGGUGGCAUUGGGGGUGGGAUGACUGGCGGGUACUAUGGAGGUGGUUCCUAUGGAGGUUCCUAUGGUGGGUCGGUCGGAAGUGCCGGCUAUGGAGGUGGCGCGGGCAUGGGCGGCUACGGCUACGGAGGCGGUCAGUACAUGGACCCCAAAUCCGGCAAAGCGUUCAUCAUCGCCAUCGCCGCCAUCACCUUCAUCGCCGUGCUCAUCAUCUUCAUCCUGGUGGUGUCCCGGCAGGGCACGGCGCGCUCCCACAAGUUCUACCUGGGCGCCAUCAUCGUGUCGGCCAUCUUGGCUCUGCUGAUGCUGAUCGCCACCAUUGUCUAUUUGGUGGCGGUCAACCCGCGGGCCCAGUCGUCCGGCUCCAUCAUGUACAGCCAGGUCAUGAUGAUGUGUGCCCAGUUCCAGAACCAGCAACCGACUUCCGGACUCGUCAUCAACCAGUACCUGUACCACUACUGUGUGGUGGAACCGCAGGAGGCCAUUGCCAUAGUUCUGGGUUUCCUCAUCGUUGUGGGCCUCAUCAUUCUCCUGGUGUUUGGCGUGAAGACUCGCAGUCAGAUCCGGCGUUACGGCCCCGAGAGAGUGCUGUGGGAGGAAGUGAAGAUGCUGAGGGACGUGGGCCCCCAGAGUGUUGGAGAAUGGGUGAAGAGUGUAUCUGGUGAACCAGAGGCGCUGGUGAAUGACUACAACGAUAAAGUGGGCGGGUCAAGAAACUACCUGGAUGAAAGUGUGGACAGGAAGCCCAUAUAUCUGCCAGGGAGCUCUGACAUCACCAGCUCCUUGGGUGGUCUGAAGAGCAAACUGAAAGAGAGUGACCUGGGGGCGGAGUCUGGAGAUGAAUUGGAUGACCUUGACUUGGGCAGCGAGUACCCGCCUAUCGCCACGGAGGAGCAGAGACUGCACUACAAGCGAGAGUUUGACCGGGACCUUAUGGAGUACAAGAGGCUGCAGGCCGAGGUGGACGAUGUGAACCUGGGGCUGUCAGAGGUGGACAAGGAGCUGGGCAGAGUGCCUGAGGGCAGCCCACAGUUCCUGGAUGCUAUGGAUGAAUACACCAGACUGAAGAACCUGAAGAAGUCGGCAGAGUACCAGUUGAAGAAGAAGAGGAGCAAGUACCUGAGGGCCAAGCUCUCUCACGUAAAGAGGAUGGUCAGCCAGUACGACAACAGACCAUGAAGACUGACCUCCGACCUCUGUUGUUUCUCUUCUUUACUCAGGCCUUUUAGCAUCUCUGAUGUGUCUUUUUAGAUUGUUGUGGCCUAGGAUGAAUGAAGUGAUGUGGCUGCUUUUAAGUGUUUUCACAUUUGUGCAAGUGUUGCGCUGAUGCAGUUUGAAUGAAGGGAUGAUAGCAAUGUGAUACGUUUUUAAAAAAGACCGUCAUCAGUAGCACUGCUGUGUGAAUACCUCUACCAUCCCAGUGCCCCAAUACCAGUCUCAUGUCUAACUGAACAUUUUUACUUUUUCCUUGAAUUGAUGGGGCAUUAUGUAAAUACAGUAUAUUUCUCAAAACUCAAGCUUGAGCCUUAAAACAAAAUCACAACAGCAUUUUUAACAACUUUUAAAACAUUUUAUUCGUGCAUGGCAAAGUCUAUAUUUUGUACAUAGGUGAAGUUUUUUUUUAACUGUUCUUGCAUUAAAAUCAUUGAAACGCUGAACCAUGAAUACAAGCUCAGGUAAUCAAUUAUCAUGUGUCACUGAUUUGUUCGAUUUUGUACUUUUCUAUCAGUACAUCAUAUUGGACCGUUUUCACGUUUUGACAGAUACAUUCACUUUCAGUGAAUGCAUGGAAUGAAGUAGUAUGCAAAAGCAAUAUGCUGUUUUGCAAGUUAAGUGUACAGUUUUUUUCUAUAUUUUGUAAAUAUACAUUUCAAAUAAAGCAUGUAUGGACCA